UGCCAUGGUAACAGGACGAUUAGAUCCGGACCUUUAUAUGCAGAUUUAUUUAUUUAAUUCUCAUUUCAGCGCGCCUGUGUGGACGUGCAGGCUGUCGGAGAGAGAGGAGCGAAUUGCGCGAAAGACCUUAAAACGCUCAACAAGUGCUUUUUUUGUUUUGUUUUGUUUUUGCUCUUUUCUUUUUGUCAAUAAUUGCGCUGGAUACUCUUGAUUCUGCGGAGUUGUGAGGACAAAGCCGCUUUCUUUUUCUGCCUGCUGGAGACAUGUAUCUGCUCUCGGAGAAGGACGCCGCCUGUUUUCUGGACAGAAUGUCAUUGAAAGUCGUGUGAAGUGCGGAUGGAAACUGAAGCUGCUUCUGAAAGCCUGAAAUAACGCGAACAACGGGACCAAGUUAACAUUCUCCGCUCCCUCUGUCUGUGAGCGCUUCAGUCACGGGUGGACUUUCUUUCCCCUUUUUUUUUUUCCAGCGCACCUUCCAUCAUCAUUUCUCUUCAGAUGCUGACAAAUGACUGCGUGUCGUGUUUUCCGAAAAAGCAUGGGCUGAGAUUUUUAGGGGGUUGAUUUGGCUUGUGUGCGCCCCGCUGACCAUGUCUCAUUUUCCGUGUGCGUGUUUGUGGACGCGGUGUCAGGAUGGAUCGGUGCGCGUCGGAGUGUGAGCGUCUCUUUUGGUCGAUACUUUAUGUGCAAUAACAGUCCCUCUGCUGCGACCGAAGGAGCGAGUGUCCUUGUCAUUCAUCCUCGGAUGGAUGUUCCGACCCAAGCAUCCCUUACGUAACGACAUGUGUGUUGGAGGUGAAAAAAGGCAUUACUGGACGAGUGGUGUGGAGAAAUAGGCGACGGCGACGGUCAGUGAGCGACCAGGACGCUUAUCUACAGCAGACCGGAAAGCCGGUGCCGAUAUGACUGGCGCUGGAGCGCCGAGGGCGGCUGUGGAGAGGAGAGGGAGGGCCGCUGGCGGAGAGCAACCUUUCAAGGACGAGGAAGGAGGAACGAUGGAGAAACAUCUGUGAGGACAAACGAGACUCUUGAAGUGGGGGUGAAAAUGUGGCUGCUGGCGUGACAGUGGGAAGAGUAAAGAAUUCAAUUAUCUGCGUGGGGCCAUUUCCAAGGGCACGGAGGUAAGGAUGGCCACAUUACCGGAGAGAGGCCGGGGGUGCGAGGAAGCAGCUCCAGGAGAAUGAACACAGACUCGGGUUACUUUCCCCCCCAUCAUCUUUUGUUUUAAUAAAAGCGACAGAGACAUCUUUACCUAUGUAGGAUAAUCUGAACAGGUGAUCACAGCCUACAGGUUAUAACACCAUUCUCCCUGAGUGGGGAUGGAUGGGGUGGCGGGAGGUGUGGGCACCCCUGGCAGCGCUGGGGGCUCCGGGGGUGACACCCUGCCCAGGCGGACUGAUGGGGAAGCAAAGCGGCGCAGUAAAGGCAGCCUGCCCUCCCCGGGCUACCGGCUGUCCCAGGCCUCUCUGGAAGGAGAGAAGGGCUCCUUCAGUGCAGACAGCUCCUCCAUGAGUGGACGAGGCCGCCGCCCCUCCAUCAUGAGCUCCUCCCCCAGGGACAGCCUCCCCUUUCGUGCGGCAGGCACCCCAACCACCCCGGGGACCCUACCCAUGGCACUACCACCUCCAGCAGCAUCCUCCUCCUCCAGCUCUACCCAUCCUCCUCCUGCUCUACGGUCUGUGGGCUUCGCAGCGUCCCGUGCCGCCCUGGCCCCCACCUCCUCCACCGGAACCGGGGUCAUGGUGGUGGCCACCGGCGCAGAGACGACCACCACGGCCUGCAACACCACCGUGGCGGGGACCCCGGAGAUGGCGUGCCAGUCUGGGCUUGGAGGGUUUGGGAUGGGGCUGGACGGAGAAGACUACAGCAACUCCAACCAGAGCACCUUCAUCCAAAGACAGUUUGGUGCCAUGCUUCAGCCCGGAGUCAAUAAGUUCAGUCUUCGUAUGUUCGGGUCCCACAAAGCUGUUGCCAUGGAGCAAGAGAGACUAAAAUCAGCAGGAGCCUGGAUCAUCCACCCCUACAGUGACUUCAGGUUUUACUGGGACCUGCUGAUGUUGCUGCUGAUGAUGGGGAACCUGAUCAUCCUGCCGGUGGGCAUCACGUUCUUUCGGGACGAGAACACCCCUUCAUGGAUCAUCUUCAACGUAGUUUCUGACACUCUCUUCAUGGUUGACCUGGUUCUGAACUUCAGGACCGGCAUCAUGAAGGAAGACAGCACUGAGAUCCUCCUUGACCCAAGGGCAAUCCGCCAGAAGUACCUGAAGACCUGGUUCCUCGUGGACUUUGUGUCGUCCAUCCCCGUGGACUACAUCUUCCUGAUGGUGGACAGUCUGGACUCGGAGGUCUACAGGACGGCUCGGGCCCUGCGGAUAGUCCGCUUCACCAAAAUCCUCAGCCUGCUUCGUCUGCUGCGCCUGUCCAGGCUCAUCCGCUACAUCCACCAGUGGGAGGAGAUCUUCCACAUGACCUAUGACCUUGCUAGUGCCAUGGUGAGGAUUGUAAACCUGAUCGGUAUGAUGCUGCUUCUGUGCCACUGGGACGGCUGUCUCCAGUUUCUGGUCCCCAUGCUGCAGGAUUUCCCUUCUGACUGCUGGGUUUCCAAGAACCUGAUGGUGAACGACACAUGGGGUGUCCAGUACUCCUACGCUCUGUUCAAAGCCAUGAGCCACAUGUUGUGUAUCGGGUAUGGCGCCCAGGCUCCCGAGGGGAUGACUGAUGUGUGGCUCACCAUGCUCAGUAUGAUCGUUGGCGCCACCUGCUACGCCAUGUUCAUCGGCCACGCCACCGCCCUCAUACAGUCGCUGGACUCGUCUCGGCGACAGUAUCAGGAAAAGUACAAGCAGGUGGAGCAGUACAUGUCCUUCAACAAGCUUCCUGCCGAUCUGCGGCAGAAGAUCCACGAGUAUUACGAGCAUCGCUUCCAGGGUAAAAUGUUCGAUGAGGAGAACAUUCUGGGAGAGCUCAGUGAGCCACUGAAAGAGGAGAUUGUCAGCUUCAACUGCAGCAGCCUGGUGGCAAACAUGCCGCUGUUUGCCAACGCCGAUCCCAACUUUGUGACCGCAGUGCUGACCAAGCUCCGAUUUGAGGUGUUUCAGCCAGCUGACUUCAUCAUCCGUGAAGGAACCGUUGGUCGUAAGAUGUACUUCAUCCAGCAUGGACGGGUCAGCGUACUGACCAGAGGCAACAAGGAAACCAAACUGAGUGAUGGGUCCUACUUUGGGGAGAUCUGCUUGCUUACUCGUGGACGAAGAACAGCCAGCGUCCGCGCAGACACAUACUGUCGCUUGUACUCUCUCAGUGUGGACAGCUUUAACGAGGUUCUGGAGGAACACCCAAUGAUGCGACGAGCCUUUGAAACGGUCGCUGUUGACCGUUUGGACCGCAUUGGUAGGAAGAACUCUAUGCUCCUGCGAAAGUCGUCCCAAGGUGGUUCUCUCGGCGGGAGUAUGGGUCGUGGCGGAGGCCGUAGUGGAGGCGGUUCUGGAGCUGGCCUUGCAGCAAGUGGUCUGGGCUCCUGCGACAGCAUGCUGGUGCAGCAGAUUGUGAAGCAUGACAGCAUGCCAGCCAUGCAGGACACCAUCGCAGCUGCUGCCGCAGGAAGGAGCGGGAUAAUUGGAGGAAGUGGCACGGUGUCCCCUCGUCCCCGCCCUGUCAUCUGGGCACCGCUUGUCCAUGCUCCCCUGCAGACGGCUGCUGCAACCAGUAAUGUAGCCAUCGCUCUUAUGCACCAGCAGCAGCAGCAACAGCAGCAGCUUCAGCAGCUGCAGCAGCAUGCUCUUGGAGCCGGUUUCUUCUUGCCGUCUCCUAUGAUUUCUCCUUCACCCUCAUCCACUUUUCCUCUUUCUCCUCCCCGCGCUCCUGUGCUGCAGCCCCUUCGCCCUUCAGUGAGCUCUCUUAUUGGGAUGAUGGCAAUGGGAGGAAUGAGUGGCUUCUCCCCAAGAGGAUUUCCACUCUCACCCUCAACUAUGGGUCCUCCAGGUGGGGUAACAUCACCUCCAGUUGCCAAAACACCACCCACUUCAGCUUCUUCUGGACCAACUUCUGUUCAGCAAGGACGGACGGUUAUCUAUGGUCCCCGUUUUCAGGCUGAUCACCCCUCAGUUGGAGCUGGGGCACUUGUAACACCACCGGCAGGAGUUCCAGGCUCACCACUACACAAGGUACCACCCACCAACCCACCUGCAUCCUCCAGUGGCCCAUCGGAUGGAAUCAGCUGUCAGCAGGGUGCCAAAGAGGCUCUUCUACGUCAUGGGGUGAGCAGUUGUCAGGGUCUGCCAGCACUGGGGAGGCUAACCCAAGAGGCAAGGCUCCUGUCAGCUUCGCAGCCCACUCUUCCUCACCGCUCCUGGGCCGCUGUGCAACCUCAUCCUCCUCUCCAUCGGAAGGCCUCUGGAGGGAAUUUGUUGGCGGCUCCUUUCCUGGCAGGACAGCUGGCAAGAGGUAGCAGUGCAGGCAUGUUGACCAAUAACCCUACACUACAGCUGGUGACAAACAUACCAUUGAAUGCCCAAGUACAGGCCGCAGGUCCUAUUCAGCCGGCUGUGCCACAGGCAAUCCCUGCAAACACAGCCUCUGUGCCCACAGCUGCACACAUCCCCUCUACACCUUUCUUGCCGUCUUCUUCCCCUCCAAAGCAGACCUCUCUCUCCUCUGUUACCCCGUCACCUACUCCUUCUUCUCCGACACCUAUUCUUACCCAAACACCUCGACCAAAGCCGAUUCCUUCGACAUUGUCCUGCUGCUCCUCCCCACCCUCAGCAAGUCCGUUGUCCACACCCCGACCCAAACCGGUUCCUACACCGUCUCCCCGCUCUUCCUCUCCCUCUCCAUCCUCCACACCUCCUCCCUCAGCUGUUUCUACCCCAGUUCCUCUGGCUCAACCUUAUGGGCCCAGAUCAUCACUUACAUCUUCAUCUCCCCCAUCCUCUGUGCUCUCCUCUUCUCCACCACAUCCCCAGAGCCCCAGAGCCAAAGCAUCCAACACACUUCCUUCUGCCUCUCCGCUGUCUGGCCACAGCCCUACCUUGACCCCAACUGUGUCACCAAUACCCACUCCCACUCAGACAACCCGCACCCGACCUUCUACUCCUACUCAGACACUUCCUCCUACAUCGUCCCCGUCUCCUUCUGGGCCCUCCUUUAGUAAGUCCCAGAGCCCCACACCUUGCCUCCAGCCCUCCGUCUCUGGCUCACCCAGGGUUUCUGCCUCAAGCAAGACCCCAAAGCAGACUUCCCCUCUCAACCCCAUUCAGUCAUCAGCCCCAGCCUCAACACCUCUUAUUACAAACUCUCCAACAAAAGUCACUUUCUCAGUUCAUCCUGUGAAGCAAACCUCUCCUGUCCUUUCUCAUAGUCCUACUUCAGGCUCCAAACAAAGCCCUUCAACGACAUCAUCCUCAGCAACUUCAUGUCCCAGCCAAAGCUCCUCAAACCCUUCCUCCAUUUCUACCAAUUCCUCCACCACCACAGCCUCUCAUCAACAAGCUUCCACCGCUGCAGCCAACCAGACAGCACACACACCCACCUCGCCAAAAGGGGGGAAGAAAGACCCUCAGCUGGCAGUCACCAGAACAGACUCGGAGGGACUAAGGCACAAACUGCCUGCUAACAUGUAAGAGGAGGAAAAAUAUUUCAUUGACUUUUUGUGCUGCAACCAGUGCUAAAUACCAGAGCCAUGGAUGUGCAGACUUGAGUCAAACUUGCCACCAGGUAGCCCAUGAUCUCACAUGAACAGUUCAUACAUGUUGAAUUUACUCUAGGAUGUGGUUGACUUAGAAUAUCAGGUCUUCAUGGGACUUUCAGCAAAGCCAUCGAUUGGGAAGGACUUCAUGGGAGCAACCAGUGGGUCUUACUCGCUAAGAGGAGCGUCUACUGAACAUCCAAAUGUAUAAAUUCGUGUCUGUGUUAGUGACUGUUGGAGCAAGCAGGUAAGCGGAAGUGGAAAUACGUUGCACUGUAUUUACGGAGUGGAUGAGGGUAGGCAUGGGCAGGUCAGAGUACCCUGAGGUUUUAAUCAGGCACUUCUUAAAAAAAUAUUUUAUCCCUUGUCCAGCUGUUGCUGCUGAACAGCUGGCUGAAAGCUGCUGCAUCUUUUUUUUUUUUUACCAAGAAAGACAAAUCCUGUUGCUUAAAAAUGAAAGAGGUGCCACCUAUCAGUCUUAUUGAGGUAACUGUUUAACAACAAUAGUUGGUAUGCUACAUGAUAAUCAACUCCAUGUCCUAUUUGAACAAAUAGCUUGAUUAAUCAAUCAGACCACAAUUAUUUAUACCUCUGGCAGACUUAGAUUUAAAAUACCCGUUUGCUUUUAUCAGAAACCAGUGGAAAUGUGUAGAAAGUUGGUCAGCAGUUACAAGAAAUAUCUGAUGGCUGCCAUACCUAUUCAGGCUUUUCCAUUCGUUAUUGACAAAGGGUUGAAUAAUUUUCAAUAUGCCUUUUUUUUGAUAAAAUGAAAAUAAAGACAGAAAUGUUGUCUUUUUAAAUAAUUAUACUCUUUUAAUCUUUUGUCAUGUUCCCUAUCAAAAAUAAAAUUCUUGUUUGAAUGAAAAUAACCGUAAACCUAAAUAGUAAAAGGGGAGAAUGAACUAUAUGUUUCUCUACAGAGAAAAAUAAAUAAAUGAAGAGCAAUUACAUUUACUUAGCACCUAACAAUAAAUUAAACAGUUUUUAUUAUAGAAUUUUACUUUGGCGUUUCAAAAUAAAUAUACUGCCAAGUAAAUGUUAUAAAAAUCUAUGUUAUAAAUCAGUAUUGUUUUGUUAUUAUUAUUUUUAUGUUAUCUUAUUUAUUUAAAUGAAAGCAAUUGGAUCAUGGAGGGCAUAUUUAAUUUUUUAAAAAGUGGUAUUUUAACACAAAUUUUCCAUUAAAAUCUCAAACCAGCCCAUGCCAACUCAGCAGGGUUAUUUACAGCAAUAUUUAUUAACAGUUCCACUCAUUGGUAACAAGAAAUCUUCUUUGCAGUGACUGUAAAUGUGAGAAAAUGAUCAUUUUAUUGCUGUUGGGGUGAAAGGUCACUGUGAUAGAGCAGCAGACACUCCUUGGUUUCCAGCUCCAACUCCCUCUCGCUUACCAUUCUUCACCAAAAUGUAAUAUUUUCUCAUCGGAAUGAAAAGAAAACAACUUUACUGAAACUCACUGUAAACUUGAUGCUCAUAUGAAUUUGAAUAAUUAGGAGCAGUACACUGGUAGUUUUGUUGUCCCUGGUGUGUGUGGUGUUUAGUUUUUGAACAAUACGAAAUCCUAAAAACCUACAUGUUCACGCUGACAGCUUCUGUAAAACUGUGCUUUUUUUCUAUGUGCGCGACGCAACGCUGCUCUGCUGUGCACCGAGGCUCAGAUGAUUUUGUUCCACCCGGCUUCCUGUAGUGUGGGUCUGUUGUGCGCUUCCUCACCGUCGGCCCCUUUGUCUUUCAUCUUCUGUCUGUCUCGCUGCCUUUCAUCUGAUUUUACAGCUCUGGUUGCUAACAGUUCCUUUGACGCUCGCAAACUCCCUCUCCCUCUUUCUCUUGGUUUGCCCAACACUUUGCUCGCCACUGCCGUCGGCCUCGUCUUCAGUUGGCGGCGCCCUCCUUAUGUCGCCGUGUGACACUGUUUCAGCACCGUUUCCAGUGAUGUUUGAUGUUUUCUGUGGGUAGCAACAAGACAUUUCAAUCUUGACCCUUGAUACCAUGUUGCCUAGACUAUAUAUGUAUAUAUAUUUAAGGACCAAAUGUUUUAUUUUUAUUUAUCACAGCUUUAGCUUUUGAAAAGAAAAAGUAGCAAACGAUGCUGCCAAAUGAACAUGUUGAGUGUGGCUCUAAGGAUGAUGGUAAUGUGUGUAAUGAUGAUGAGGAGAAGUUGCUGCUGGUGUACAUCUGGAUGUAAGAAUAAAACAGAUUUAGUAUCAA